UUAUCAAACGGUUUGCCGGCAUUUUUCGAUGAUAAGAAAUACCGAAAAAAAAUAUACAAAUGAUACGAUGUUUAUCAACGAUUGUUUAUGACGAUCAAGGGGAAUUUCAAAUGAGAGACUUCCGUUAAGUACGAAAAUUCGUUAACAACUUCCCACUUAAGAUGGACGAGUUCUCCCAGGAUAUGCAGAAGCUCUUAUUAAAGAAAGAGCGAGAAUAUGGUCAAUUAAAAUUUGUCUCGUCCCGAGCGACGAAAGAGACUUCAUGUUUCAUCGAUGAGCUGGUACAGGCUGUUGUUGACAUCAUUCAAAAGUACAAUCUAUUCCCUGAAGACAAUAAUCCUAAAGAAGCUAGAAACAUUACUCUUACCGCUGCUCAGUGUUACAAUUAUCUUCUCUUGAACACUAAUUUUCCCUCGCAACAUCUUCUUCAGGAGGACUUGCUCUAUGGUCACCUGGUUGGUCUCUGGCCCACUUUAUCGCCAUAUCUCUUUAUACAGAUAAUAUGGCGCUUGAAGUGUGAGUGCAUACUGGUCGAAUCACUCAUGUACAUACCAUUAGACCUAUUUGUGGAAAUUCUGGAGGAAUUGAUUAAAUAUGUGAACGAGCUGGAAAUAUCACGUGCCAAGUGUUUGAUUCUCGUUCUGAAUAAUAGGACAUACGAAAAGUGCCUGCGGUUGAAUUUAGGUACACUAUCGGAGAAAGAUAUAACAGAACGCGCAUGCCAAUUAGUAGCGAGUUUUCAGGCAUUGUUAGAUCUGCUCGGCAGUCCAAGGUUUACUGGUUCCCCCGAGUUAUCCGAAGAAGCGAGGUACGAGCAACAUGGAUUUCUCCUGAAAUGCAUCUUUCGUCAUAUUAAGUUAUGCAUGAGCAAGAAGAUAGAGGCUUACACAGAAAAUAUCUAUCUAGAAAAAUUAUUCAAGCUCACAUAUGGCAAUCUCGCUCACAAUCGUAUAAAUUACUACUGCACUCUCCCCGUCGACAAGGUGAAAUCUAUUGUGGCAACACUGGAUCAGGAACUGAUCACCUUAUUGCUGAACCAAAUCAAGCAGGUUGAUUGUUAUGAGUACAUGGGCUGGCUAGAAAUCAAUGACACUGAAAACAUUAUGAUCUCGCUGCAGCGUGCCAUCGUCAUUGAAUGCCACUACUUUAUUAACUUCAUGAAAGAGAAUGAAUUUCUGGGAAAGAACGACCAUUUACUCCAUUGCCUCCAGCAACUCAUAGGUUCGAAAAAUAGCAAGGAAUCCUUGUUAACUCUUCAAGAACUCUGUCAUAGCAUCGCCAAUGGCAAACCAGAGGGUAUGAGAGAAUUGAUGAAACGCUACAAGGAAUGGGACAAAUCUAUAUUGAGUUUCAUUAAUGAGAAAAUAGAAUUGCUGCAAAAAGACGAUUGCUGCAUUUUGCUUGAAUAUCUUCAUCACAUGUUCGCGUAUCCGCACACCGAAGUAGAGAAAUAUCAAGCUUAUGUAUUGGUAUUGAGAGUGAUAGUGCAGCAAAAUAUACAAGAUGUGUAUUACAUUAUAAUAAAAUAUGUGCUGCGACAUUUUGACGACAAUCGUUUAGAAUACUUGUACAAUCAUAAACUCUUCAUAACGUUCAUGCAACGCAAUAUGUGCUUACGCGAAUCUGAAGGACUGCUUAUCCUCCUGAUUUUUGUUCUGUUGAAUGCAAAAAAGGUGCUAACUACUCUUGUGGAGAUUGCUAUAGGUUGCAACAAGUAUGAGAGCAUUAUAUUUAUGUCGAAAGACAUAUUACUUCUGCGAUCGUUUCUCAUUAUACAAAAGGACAAUGAAUACAAUCUGCUGAUGUACAUUUUGAAGGAUGUCUGCUUGCAAAAGGAUGUUACUUGGUCUUGCAAGCGUUUUCCGAUUUUUGUGGAUACCAUACUUGAUCAUAAGUUGAUAACUCCGGAUGAUCUGAUCAACAUUGUUUACAUCCCUUACUUAAUUGAUAGCAGUUUUCAUUACUUCAACUUUCUCUGCAUACUGAUGCAUAUGUACGAUAUUGUGGAAAAAAGAGUUUGCAUUCCCAAAGUGGAUUACCCGCUGCUGAUCAUAGCAUUGACCAAGAAGAUGUCGUUGAUAAGAAAAAGCGAACCGACCUGCUUAAGGAGCACUAUUCAUGACUUGAUAGGUCAUAUAACACGCAUAUUGAACGCCCUGUUCUACACACCUAACAUAUUAACUGUGAAUCAGCAGCGCGAAGUGAUUGAUGCGAUCGAUGACUGCGUGGAGCCGAUUGAUCGGGCGCGACUAUCACCUCUAUGGCAUAUACUCAACGGCAGUGUCUUAGAUAUAAUUCAGGAUUAUGAAAGACGUUGCUUCUUCUUACAUCGACGACUGCGCACGGAUCCGCGAUGCGAGCCCAAAUUGCGCGAGUACGCCCAGUCCUUCCGACUCGAUCGGGAAAGUUUCCUGCGUCACAUGAUUUUGCAUGCCACCGAAAAGGAAUACGAGAUUUUCGCGGUCGAGUUGACAACGAUAUUCUGGUGUAACUUUGGUUGGACCGACGAAAUGGAGGCCUAUGAAAAUAUGCUGCGCAUCACUGGCGAGGCGGCGCAACUCGCUCUGGCAUUCUACAAGACAUUUCCCAAUGAUACGUUUGUAUCACUGAUACGCAUCCUUGUGAACUUUUGCGACGUGUUCGCGCACAUCAAUCGCAAUACGAACGAUCAACAAGUGGCGAUCCGCCGUAUCCUACUGAAAACUCUACGCUCCUUAAAAGAUUCUACUAAUAGGACAUACCUUGGCCAAAUGUACGGCCUUCUGCUCGCACGUAUAGAGGAUACCUUAAUUAAGAAUUCAUAUUCAUAUAUAAAACAUUAUUUCCACGAGGUCGACGACUGGAUCGACGUGUACCUCGUUCAAUGCGAGGGACUAAUGACGCCCAUACAAGAAUCCGAAAACAGCUCGAAUGACUCAGGCAGCUCAAAUGAUGAGGCGAGUUUGAAAGAUACCCAAGUAUUACAGGAGGCUCGCAAGUUAACUAGCAAGGAAAUCGACAUGUUUAAUUCCUAUAGGUUUGUAUGCGAAUGUAUUAAGAUAUCCAACAGGGGGACGCAUCGUUGCGUCGAACGGAUACGAGAUGUUAUACUUACUAAAAAAAAGGUAUAAUUUUAGCUUCGAUAAAGUGUAAAAACAAUAUUCGCAUACGCCGUCUUUUUUGGUAUAAUUUUAUAUAAAAAAGCACGAUAUUAUCGUAAAAUAUUUUCAUCGAAAUACAUCAUUUCCAUCUGUCUUGAUAUAUCUAAUAAAGUACUUUGCAACAUUUUUCUUUUUUACGCGAAUUUCAAUAAGACAAGGUGUGCAAAUACUUUUUUUACAUACUGUAUAAUAUCGAUAUUUUUUACUACUGAUUGUGCUCUGUAAUUAUUUACUCUUAAAAAGAAUUUUAAGAUCAAACGUUUCGAAAAUUCCAUAAAAAUGAUUAGUAAUGUAGAAAUGGAUGCGGGAAAUCAUAUUUUAAAACUUAUAUACUAUCCGAUAAAAAUACGGUAUUCUUUCAAGAUAAUAUCUUGCUAACAAUUUUUUUGAAAUUUUUGAAACGUUUGAUCGAUUUCGCGAAUCUUUGUAGUUAUUUUUCUAACCGAAUGCCACAACAUAUAAAUUGUUCUAUACAGUAUACUUACCAUUAAGUAGGGGAAUAAUGAAACGAGUGCCACAUAGAAAUGAAAAAUAAGAAAAAUGUUUGAGAAAACUUUUCACCAUUGAAAAUUGUUGUAAUCAAAUAAUUGUUGUAUUUUUCUAAUUUUCUGUUUACAAUUAUUUUUAAAAAUAACAAUCAUUUUUUAAAAAUAAUUGUAAUUAUUUGCACAAAUUAUAUAGAUAUACAAAUAAUUACAAUUUGUAAUAAUUACAAAUGUCAUUAUCUAUAUAUCUAUAAUUAUAGAGGUAUUGUAAUUCUAAUCUAUGUAUUAGUUUCGUAUUUAUUCAUAUUUUGUUGUGCAAACAAGUUUGUGUGAAGGAAAAAGAAUUAUCUUACAAAUAAUUCUUAAAAAUUGCAAUUUUGCAAUAUACUAUACUUUUCGUUAGUUUCUUUUGUAUCUGUACUGAUUUUUAUCUACCUCGGAAAAGACAUGUUAAUCUUUGUAUAUAUAUCGAUUAUGUGAUAAUUUAGUAAUAAUCUUGCAAGAUAGUCGUGUAAGGAGACAGAAGACAAUGAAAGAUUGCUCAACUGCGUAAAAAAAUGUUUUCGCGAGAUAGAUAUCGUAUUUUGUAUAAGAACACAACCACAUAAAUUUCUUUUCCAAGAAUUAUCCUCAAGAAAUUUAUACUUUAUGAUUCGAUUAUUUUUAUACCGUAUAUUUCAUGCAUAGGAGCAUUUCUCUUGCUUCGCCACGACAGAAAAACUGCCGAGUCGAUAUAUUACUGUAUAUAUGUAGGAAGAAAUACAUUACGAGCAAU